CUAGAUAAACCCUAGUGGCUACUACUGUGGCCGAACAAAAACCCUAACGUGAGGUAGAGGAAGGUGAUCUGAGUCUGAGCAAGGUGUGCUAUCAAUCAAUAGAGCAAUUGGGAAAAUGGGGGCCAAUGAUAAGAGGAAGCGAAGCGAAAGUGAAGGAGGAGAUGAACAACCAAUGGAGAAGAAGAGGGAGAUUCUGCCCUCAAUGAUAAAGAACAAGGAGAAGAGGUCGGCGAUCCACGCCAAGCUCAAGCAACAGAAGAAACUCGAGAAGCGCAAGAAGGCCAAGGCUCGCGACGCCGCCGAGAAGCGCGCUCUGGAGCUCGGCGAGGAGCUUCCGGCGAAGAAGAUCCCUAAGACGAUUGAGAACACCAGGGAAUUCGAUGAGACUGUUUGUAAGCCCGAUGACGAAGAGCUGUUUGCUGGAAAUGAUGCCGAUGAAUUUAGUUCGAUUUUAAAGCGCGAAAGGACCCCAAAAAUAUUAAUCACUACUUGCCGUUUCCAUUCUUCUAGGGGGCCUGAUUUAAUAAAGGAACUACUUUCAGUGAUCCCAAAUGCACACUACUAUAAAAGAGGAACCUAUGACUUGAAAAAGAUUGUAGAAUUUGCAAAUAAGAAGGACUUCACAUCUAUAAUUGUUGUUCACACCAAUCGCAGGGAACCAGAUGCUUUUGUAAUAAUUGGCUUACCUACUGGACCUACUGCCCAUUUCAAGCUCUCAAAUCUUGUUUUACGCAAGGAUAUCAAGAAUCAUGGAAAUCCAACCAGUCAUGAGCCCGAGCUUGUAUUAAACAAUUUUACAACACGCCUUGGUCAUCGUAUUGGAAGAUCAAUACAGUCACUUUUCCCACAAGAACCAAACUUUCCUGGUCGGCGAGUUGUAACUUUCCACAACCAGCGAGAUUUUAUAUUUUUCCGGCAUCAUCGGUAUAUUUUUGAAGCGAAAGAGACUAAACAGACUGAGUCAAAAGGUAAAAAGACCAAGGAUGCCAAGGGUGAGAGUGAACCUCAAGGGAAAGUAAUUGCCCGUCUUCAGGAGUGUGGCCCUCGUUUCACCCUUAAACUACUCAGUCUGCAGCAUGGGACCUUUGAUACUAAAGGCGGGGAAUAUGAGUGGGUUCACAAGCCGGAAAUGGACACUAGCAGGAGGAGGUUUUUUUUGUGACUUGCUUUGGAAUAUUGCUCAAGUUUAUCGUUGCUGGAAUGCAAUCUCUGUCUAAUAGUUGCUACCCCGAGGCCAGUAGUAAAUCAGCUCGGAACAUUUUUUGUAUUUUAAGAUCAAUUUUGUGCUGCUCAAUUCCUAUGACUCGCAGUAAAUUCUGUAUCGAAUGUUGGAAAAAGAUUAGUAAUUGGUGGAAACUCAUAUUUCUUCU